AUGAGUGAGCUGGAGCAACUGAGACAGGAGGCUGAGCAGCUCCGGAACCAGAUCCGGGAUGCCCGAAAAGCAUGUGGGGAUUCAACACUGACCCAGAUCACAGCUGGGCUGGACCCAGUGGGGAGAAUCCAGAUGAGGACACGGAGGACCCUCCGUGGGCACCUGGCAAAAAUCUAUGCGAUGCACUGGGGGACAGACUCAAGGCUGCUGGUCAGCGCCUCCCAGGAUGGGAAGCUCAUCAUUUGGGACAGCUAUACCACCAACAAGGUCCAUGCCAUCCCGCUACGUUCCUCCUGGGUUAUGACCUGUGCCUACGCGCCCUCAGGGAACUUUGUAGCCUGUGGGGGGUUGGACAACAUCUGCUCCAUCUACAGCCUCAAGACCCGUGAGGGCAAUGUCAGGGUCAGCCGGGAGCUGCCUGGCCAUACUGGGUACCUGUCCUGCUGCCGCUUCCUGGAUGACAACCAAAUCAUCACCAGCUCUGGGGACACCACCUGUGCUCUGUGGGACAUUGAGACAGGCCAGCAGACUGUGGCUUUCGCUGGGCACAGUGGGGAUGUGAUGUCCUUGUCACUGGCCCCCGAUGGCCGCACCUUUGUGUCAGGUGCCUGUGACGCCUCUAUCAAACUGUGGGAUGUUCGGGACUCAAUGUGCCGACAGACCUUCAUUGGCCACGAAUCCGACAUCAAUGCCGUGGCUUUCUUCCCCAACGGCUAUGCCUUCACCACUGGCUCUGAUGAUGCCACCUGCCGCCUCUUCGACCUGCGGGCGGACCAGGAGCUCCUCAUGUAUUCCCACGACAACAUCAUUUGCGGCAUCACCUCUGUUGCCUUCUCUCGCAGUGGCCGGCUGCUGCUUGCUGGCUAUGACGACUUCAAUUGCAACAUCUGGGAUGCCAUGAAGGGCGACCGUGCAGGUGUCCUCGCCGGCCAUGACAACCGUGUGAGCUGCCUCGGGGUCACCGACGAUGGCAUGGCUGUGGCCACAGGCUCCUGGGACUCCUUCCUCAAGAUCUGGAACUAA